AUGGUAUCAGAGCCAUGGCGUACCACUUACGCCGCCGUCGUCACCGGCGACGGAGGAAACAAUCAAGGAGCGAGUGCUGCUUCACCAGUCGAUCGAUCACCUGAUCAAGUUUUACCAGGCGCGAUUCCGCAGAGGAAUCAUGUUCAAUCAGAGAGAAACUACAACAUCCACGAGUUGGAGAAUCCUCUCUUCUUCAGCUCCACGGAUAGUGCAUCAGCCAUCCUUGUCAGUCCGGCGCUGAAUGGAAGCUCAAACUACGGCAGCUGGAGUGUUUCCAUGAAAAUCGCCCUGGAGGUGAAGAACAAAUGGACGAUUGUCAACGGGAGCACUCUUCCACCGAGCAGAGAGCAGAGCCAAUAUGCAGCUUGGAGGCGAUGCAACCUCAUGAUUUGCUCGUGGAUCUUCAAGUCAGUUCUCCCUUCCAUAGCGCAAAGCGUGAUGCAUUUCGAUGAUGCGAAAAGCGUGUGGGAUGAUCUGAAGCGUAGGUUCUCUCAACAGGACGCACAGAGGAUUUCAAUCUUACAGUCCGAAACCUAUAAUCUGAGGCAAGGUUCUAUGUCCGUUAAUGAGUAUUACACACGUUGCAGAACAUUGUGGGAGGAGAUGAACACCCUACGUCCGAUCCCUAUAUGUAAGUGUGAUCCUAGAUGCAGGUGCGAUCUCACUAGCAUCAUUAGAAAAGAGAGAGACACGGAUCAAGUGAUCCGAUUCUUGCAGGGCCUCAACGAUGAAUACAAUAACUUGAAAUCCAGUGUGCUCAUCUUGAAUCCUCUGCCAGAGGUCUAUAAGAUCUUUGUCAUGGCAGAGAAAUUGGAGAGACAGAUUAGUCUGAAUAAUCUGACUCUUGUAGGAGUAGAUGUUGCUCAAUCUAAUGCUGUGCAGGGCCUCACAAAUGAUGAAACAGUUGCUGCAGUCCCUUACUUAUCUAAUGGCAGAAGAAACAAUGUUCAAAAGGCCAAAUGUACCUAUUGCGGAAUGUCUGGACACACUAUUGACAAGUGCUAUAAGAAGCAAGGCUAUCCUCCCGGUUGGGUGCCGGGAUACAAAUCAAAGGCCAAACAACAAUCCACCACAGCAAUGAGCUCCACUAAUGAUUUGGGAUUCUCUUUUAAACAGAUGCAGAAAAUGCUCUCAUAUCUGCAAACUCAAGUAGGUCAAUCUGGACCAUCUAAUUCAAGCAUGUCUGCUGCUUGUUCUCUGUCUCCGAAGUUUGAUGAAUCACAUGAUUCUGAAGGCAAGUAUCUAGUUAAUUCCCUCUCUUUGAAUAACUCUACAUGGAUCCUUGAUUCGGGAGCUACCAACCACAUUGUGUCUUCUCUUGAUUUUCUUGAUAAUCACUGCAAGGCUAAUGGAGUGGAGGUCCACCUUCCUACUGGACAAUGUGUUUCAGUCGAACACAUAGGUGAAGUAAAAUUCAAUGACAAUCUGUUGUUGAAAGGAGUCUUAUACAUCCCCCUAUUCAAGUUCAACAUCAUCUCAGUAAGCAAGCUAAUUAAUGAUGCUGCUUAUAAACUAACUUUUAUGUCCAAACAGUGUUUGAUUCAGGAGAGUCUUAGGAGGACAGUUGGAUUAGCUAAAGAGGAAGGAGGAUUGUAUGUGAUGUAG